CACACACACACACAGGAGGAUUAGAAUGAGAUACUUUCCACUGCAGCUGGUCUUUCACUUUCACUUGAAGGGGAACUGCAAGCAAAUCAGGUUGCUACUUUUGCCGAGAAAUAAGGACCGAAUUUGAGGACACAUGACAAGUACCAGGGCCCAAUGUGCAUUUAGGUGCCAGACUGCAUGGAGGAUGGACAUGAGACUUUCCAGACUACCCUUAUCCUGCUGAGCUGAAUACUGGACAUAAUGUGGAGAUUCCUGACAGCGUUGACCACAGUUGUGUGUCUUCCUGGUUCCUGUGGGAUAUGCAUGGGCUUCUGUGGUCCAGCCAAGUAUGAAGUACAAGAGGAAUGCUGCCCUAUGUGUGGCCCUGGAUAUUAUGUAUAUAAACACUGCACAGAGCAUAGCAGCACAUCAUGUGCUCCUUGUACUGCAUCUACCUGCACGGAUGCACAGAGUGGGCUGCUAUCAUGCAGGUUAUGCACCGAAUGUGACUCUAGUACCUCAUCUUCAGAUACUGUGUGUGGUGACUGUGGUGAGAACACAUACUCAGAUGGAUCAUUCACAUCCUGCAGACCGCACACACAAUGUGAACCGGGAUAUGAGCUUAUAAAGGAAGGGACAUCAUCAAAUGAUACUGAAUGCAAAAAGUCUUUGAUUGGAAUCAUAACAGCCACUGUCAUAGUGACCCUCCUAGUGAUCUUUAUCACAAUAGCAGCAAUAUUCAUUCAAAAGAACAGGAGAAUGCCUGAUGAAAAUGCAACAAGUUUUAGGUCAUCAUGCCUGUUGCCCUCUGCCCUGUCCACCACAUGAAGCUCUUGGGAGCCCUUCUUCCUCCUGUCUCUGAUUUUUGGACCCAGCGCCUGUGAGCCCAGCUCACAAGAUGAGGGUGUCUAAUGAUGUCAUCAAAGCCCUGUGCUGUUCCACACUCUCACUGCUGGACGCUGCAUCAACUGUGUAGCGCAUGGGACAGUGAGAACUGCAUGAACUACAGUAGGUCUACUGAAGAACUCUACAGGACUGUUGGGAAAUGGUGUGCAGUACUGAGGAACUCUACAGGACUGUGUGUAAAUAGGGACAUGUUGGGAAGUUGGGAAAACAAAAUCACUUAAAGGAACACGUCACUAUUUUAUGAAAUUGGGUUAUUCACCAUCUCCCCUAGAGUUAGAUAAGUGAGCAAAAGCAUAUUUGUCUCCGUGCAUGCAUUGUCUUAGUCCAGCAGCACCCCCGCUAGCUUAGCUUAGCAACAGUUAGCCAACAACAAAAAACCCUUGUGGCCUUCUGUGGUCCGUGCUGUGGCUAGUGAGACAAGGUACAUUGGCAUCACAAUAUACUUUCCACAUCACCUCAUACCUCAUAAUAGUAACC